AUGUUCGCAUUCUCCAGCCAUGGCAGCGCUGCGGAGAGUGAGACCAGCGCUGACGAGUCAAGUGAUGUCAGCUCAGUGAGCGAUGAUGACGCGUUGGUGCUGGAAGAAGUGGACGUGGACGGCUCCGCGGGCCAAAAUGCGCUGGCGAUACCAGAAGCAACCGCUCACUUUGACGUCAGUGGGGUUGGUGUCAAGCCGGGCAGCCCUCCCAAGUGGAGAGACCUGACCAGGAUUUUGCUGCCAGGCGACGUUGUGAAUAUUUUGGGUGGCAAUGUGUGGGGUCAUUGUGGCCUCGUGACGAAGGCGAUCGAGGUCUACCAGUUUCCGGUUCUGUUUGCCAAAGGCCCAGCGAACGGAAAGGACCAGGGGGGCCCAAUCUCCGUGGUGGAGCUUGACUUUCGGGUGGACGUUUUCAUACUUGAAGUGCUGCAGAGUGCGUCGAAUAUGCCGACGAUCUUCCUCUCACAAAUCGGGGUCGUUGUCCAUCCCAACACCAGGGACGUCUGCAUGGUCCGCAGAGUGCGGGGAGGGGUUUUGUUGAGAAACAGCCAUUCCGGCGAGCCCUUGAUUGUGCAGAUCUUGCUCUCGCCCUUUAACGAGCUGACGCUGGACAGGUCGCUGCUGGCCCAGUCGAUCUCCGAAGUCAUGUCAGCUCCCGAGACGCGCUGGAGCCCAACGACGGCAGUGCGGGCGUUUUUUCGUCAUGCGCAUCUGAAGCCGUCGAGGUACGGGAGGCGAAACCGUCGCCGGCGACUCGCUGCUCAGUUGCAGCACGGCUGGCUGGUUCGGCCUGUCUGCUCCACAGUCCCGCCGCGAGUGUGGCAAAAGUACUUGUUCAAGCGAAGCCAACUCCACAGGAAGCCUCUGCCUUCUCACAACGAUGAGGGCGCUGAGGUAGCUCGAGGUAUGCGGUCCGGAUCCCACAUGCUUUUUUGUGGUCGCGACUGCGCAGUCGAGGAGGAGGAGUCCUUUUGCUGCCCUAGCUGGAAUACACCAACACGGCAGUGUGGACCGCUCAAAGGCCGUCAGUGCCCCUCUUGCCUUCGCACCCAGUGGGCGCUGCCCUCGGACGAUGCCGAUCCGCAGGUUGCCUUUGCAGAGGACGUCCUGCGCAUGGUUCCGGUAAAGGAUGACCGCGUUCUGCCGGAAGAGCUGGUCACCAACCUCCUGGCGACAGGCGUGUGGACGCAGGUCAACCUGGACGAUCCGUUGCCUUUCCAUCGACAGUCGGCGAGUGCUGGCGAUGAAGCUGCAGCCGGACCCCUGAGCGGUCUGUUGGCAAGCCUGACCGGUCAUGACAAUGCGACCUGCGCUGACACCCAUCACGCUUGCGCUACGAGCUUUGCUGCAGCCGGACCCCUGAGCGGUCUGUUGGCAAGCCUGACCGGUCAUGACAAUGCGACCUGCGCUGACACCCAUCACGCUUGCGCUACGAGCUUCGCUGCCUUCUUCCCGGAGACCGCAGCCACGCAUGCGACGGAGCACUUCUUGCCGGACAUCUCGAGCUCCUCAGUGGCAGAUGCAAGCGCCGCGCACCACGAUGGGCACAUGGAUCAGUUCGACUCCUCUUCCUUGUUGACCGGUCGACGUCCCCGGAUGUUCGUGAGCUUCGAGAAGAAGUGA